AUGAGCUGUCGUUCCAAUUCCAAUAACAGCAACAACAAUAAUGGCGGUGGUAAUUUCAGAAACCAAACACAAAGACGAAAUAACAGCGGCAGCAAUGAGCGCCGACCUCAACAGUUGCCAGUUCCACCUCAGCUUCGGUCAUCGGUAAGUCUCGAUGAAUACCCGUCAGCGAUUCAUGCGGCGCUUGCCAUUGCCAAUGGAACGGCUAUGAUGAGAACGAGAACGGAUGGAAGAGACAAUGAGGACGAUGAGGAGGCAGCCAACAGAAGAAAUGGCCAAGGGGCUCCACCUGGCCCAAGGCCGCCGCAAUAA